AUGUCGUUCAAGAUCCCCAAAGAGAACAUCGACAAUGUCUUGAGACACGUUAUACCCCAUAUUGAAGCACACGCCAAAUCUCAAGCAGCGCAUGGCCCAUUCCUACUUGGCCUGACAGGCCUCCAGGGUAGCGGAAAAUCCACAUGGACAGAUGCGCUCGUGGACACUCUCCGCAACAAGCACAAUUACAAGACAAUCAACAUCUCCCUGGACGACUUGUAUUUCGACCACGAUGAUCUAGUCAAAGUCCGAUUAGCGAAUCCCCAGAACAAACUGCUUCAAACUCGUGGACAGCCGGGAACACAUGAUACGGAUUUAUCCGUCUCGUUUUUCAAGAGCGUGCGGGAUUCAUCUCAAGAGACGCUGCUCCCGUCAUUUGAUAAAAGUCUGUUUAAUGGGGAGGGCGGAAGAGUUCCAUCCGAACAGUGGGCGCGUAUUUCAUCAGGCGAGAUAAUUGAUAUCGUCGUUUUUGAAGGGUGGUGUGUUGGAUUUCAGCCUUUGGAGGAGGAUCAGCUUCGAUCGCGAUGGAACAGCGCUGUCAAGGGAUCAAACCAGUCGGGCUACGUGAUAGAAACAUUGAAGGACCAUGCGAUUGAACAUCUUCUGGAGGUCAAUGGGUCUCUUCAACGGUAUUGUGAGUUGUUCAUGGGCCCAGGUCAUUUUGACUACUUGGUUCAUUUGGACACCGAUGAUCUGGUCAAUGUUUAUGAAUGGCGCAUUCAACAAGAACAUGCGCUCUGGCAGCGGAAGAACAGAGGCAUGUCGGAUGAGGAGGUUGUGAGCUUUGUUCGGGGGUAUAUGCCGGCUUAUGAGUUGUACUUGGAUCAACUGAGAGCGGGGCUUUUCUCCGCUGGCAAGGACAAGGGACAGUUGCGACUGAUACUGGAUAAAGAGCGAGAGGUCACAAACAUUUACAAAGUAUGA